CCUUUAUUCAAUUAUAUUAGAUUUUGUAGGUAUUUAAAUUUAAGUAGUUUAAAUAGAAUUAUCAGUAGUACUAUUGAUAAUAAUAUUGACAAAUCAACAUUUUGGAAAGAAAUACUUAAUCUUUUUAUUAACGAAAAUACGAGAUUAACUCACCUUUAUGUACCUUAUCAAUUUGAUCAUCAAAUACAUCUUAUUUCUGGAGCCAAGCUCUGCUUUUCAGAACUUGAAUUUCUCAGCUGCUGUACUUGCAAUGGUGAUGGGGUCUUGAUUGGAUUAGCAGAAAUAUGCAACUCAGUUAAAGAAUUAGAGCUUGUUAUCGGAAACGAUAAUAAUAAUCAUGAAAUUACUAAAUUAAUUAAGACCACAAAAAGAUUAUUUGGUAUUCGUUUUCUAGCAAACGGUAAUUCAAUGAAUGAUGAAUCAUUUUGUAAAAUUCUUGAAGAAUCAUUAAUUAUACAUGCAAAUUCCAUACGAUAUUUUAAGAUGACUAAACAACCCGCCACAAAAAUUAUUUCGUCUUUUGUAAAUUUAAAUAGAUUAGAAUUGAAUGCUAUUGGCCUUAAAAAUGUGACAACCUGUUUAGAUAAUUUAUCUCUACCAUUCUUACAAAUUUUAAAAGCUAGAUGUAUUCCGAUUAAUGUUUUAGCAAGUUUAAUUAAAAAUACAAGUGGAUAUCUUAUCGAAAUAAAAAUUGAUUAUGCGAGUCAUGAUGAGAUUAAUAAUAGAAAUAUUAUUCAAGCUAUUUAUAAAAAAUGUCCAAAACUCAAAUACCUUAAAUUAUUGAUUAGAAACAGUAAUAUUCUAGAAUUAGAAAAUUUAUUA